AUGUGUGGGGAUCAUCAUGGAGAUGGAGAAGUCGAAAGGGUCACGGAAGGCGUCAAAGAGCUUGCUGUUGAUGACUCGAAGGACGAGGACGAGACGACGGUAGACAUGCCGGACGACCUACUCGGCUUGAUUAGCGAUGCUCAUUGCCACGCAACAGACUCCAUGUCAACAACCCACCUCAUCCUCUCCCUAACCCUCAACAAAAUCUGCGCAAUGGCAACACGUCUAUCAGAUCAAACCCUCGUCGCACUGAUCGCGAGAGAGUACCCAAAUAAAGUCAUCCCCGCUUUCGGCUACCACCCAUACUUCACUCAUCUGCUGUAUCUGGAUGAACCACCAUCCUCACCACACGAACACUACUCCGCCAUUCUCCACCCACCACCCGACGAAUCAUUCACCGCCCUCCUCCGCAGCCCACAACCACUCUCCGCCUUCCUCACCUCUCUACGAGAAAACCUGGAAGCACAUCCAGAUGCAUUGGUCGGCGAAAUCGGUAUCGACCGCGCAUUCCUCCUCCCGCACCCACUCGAGAACCCAACAAAUGGCCGCUGGGGAAAGUUGACGAAGCACAAAGUAAGAAUCGAACAUCAACUCGCCGUUCUACGGGCGCAAUUAUACAUCGCGGCGGAGAUGGGAAGGGCUGUGAGCGUACAUAGCGUCCAAUCCCACGGCGUCCUCUUCGAGUUCUUUCGAAAGGUGUUCGAAGGACAUAAACCACCCUCAAACCGACAAAAGAAAAAGUUCCGGGACGCCCCUUCCUCCAACCUCGAUCCCGACCCCGAACCACCAUAUAAACCACCCUUCCCGACGCGGAUCUGCCUCCACUCUUUUUCCGGCUCCGCAGAGCAAAUCCAACAAUGGACGAAACCCUCCAUCCCAGCCCUUGUCUACUUUUCUUUCUCGACUCUGAUUAAUGCAAGGUAUGAGAGGUUUGCGGAGGUUGUGCGAGCGGUGCCCGGGGAUAGGGUUUUGGUUGAGAGUGAUGUGCAUGGAGUCGGGGAGGUUGAGGAGGGAGUGAGGGGGGCGGUGGAGGUUGUGUGUAGGGUUAAGGGGUGGACGUUGGAGGAGGGGGUUCAGAGGUUGAAGAGGAAUUUUGAGGCUUGGAGCGGGACCGCGAAGAAUAGUGCGUGA